CCAGAACAGAAGAAGGGUGGGCGGAGCCUCAGGUGAACAGGUAUAAGAGCCGUUCAGGUGAGAGAAAGAGAGAGAGAGAGACCAGGAGUCUGAGUCUGAACACACUGAACAGGGAAGCCGAGAACAGCUUGUGAAGAUGCUUAAAGGAAUACUCUCAGUGCUCUUGGUCCUGGUGACCUUGUCUUCUGCCAUCGGGAAGCCUGACAAGACCACUCCCAAGAAAGAGAAGAGGAUUCCUCAGACUCUCUCCAGAGGAUGGGGUGAUCAGCUGAUCUGGGCACAGACGUACGAGGAAGCUCUGUUUUGGUCACGAUCCAAGAACAAGCCCCUCAUGGUCAUCUUUCAUCUGGAGGACUGUCCACACAGCCAGGCUCUGAAGAAGGCCUUCGCUGAGGAUAAAGAAAUCCAGAAGCUGGUCGAUGACGAUUUCGUGAUCUUGAACUUGGUGUACGAGACCACAGAUAAGCACUUGUCUCCUGAUGGCCAGUACGUUCCCAGAAUCCUCUUUGUUGAUCCCUCCAUGACUGUUCGUGCAGACAUCACUGGCCGCUAUGCUAACCGCUUGUACGCCUAUGAACCCGCCGAUAUGAAACUCUUGUUGAGCAACAUGCAAAGAUCCUUGAAGUUUCUGAAGACAGAGUUGUGAACACAAAAGCCAAGUCUUUUUAUCCGCCGAGAGGAUAUUACUUCCCUGAGGGUCACUAUUAUUCUGUCAUUUGUUUACUGACGGCAUGAAACGCACUGUAAAAGCCCUGUACAAAAAUACAAUAUGUUCUUUGAGUAGACUGUUAAGGUAAACUUCAGGCUUUCUUUUCAUUUUUUUUUUUUUCAAUAA